AUGUCGAAAUUGCCACAAAAGGAUGCCAAAGAUCGCAACCAGGCCCUCGUAUCUGUCUUGAAAGACCUCAGUCUGCGCGUCAGCGACGAGGACAGGCGCAGAAUCGAAGAUGCCCUCCAGGAUUCAGAUGACGAGAUCGAGUCUCCCGUUUCCAUGUCCUCUUCUUCACGAGCAUCGACAGCUCAACAGUACCAACAACACUCGCGCAUGCACCCUUUCGCUUCGCCGUCUAGUUAUGUGCCAGUCGCAGCAGAGACAUCGCCCACGUCUGACCAAUCACCACUCCCCCGACUGGACGACAUUGUACCCGAAGAAUCUGGCAGCGAAGAAGGAGGCGAGCAGCCCGAUGUAAUUGAAGCAGGUUUCCUGGGUCAGAUAUCCGAAGUGCAAUGGCUGCAGAUCCUCCGAAAUAGAGUGCAGGCCGUCGAGACCGUCUUCGUUGGUCCAGGUGGUGACAACGCCACGCAGCUCUCUCAGCCACCUUCGCCAACUUUCGAUGCAUCCCCGAUGUCUAUUCCCGCAACUCCGCUUCAACAACAACAACAACAACAACAACAACAAUCGAUCUCCCUGACCAACUACUAUCUUGACAACGAAGGCAUCAAGCUCACAAACUGCGGGAAUCCUUUUGAGCUACCGCCAGAACAAACUGCAGCGCUUCUGUUUCGAUGUUAUACCCAGACCGUCCAGACUUCCUUUCCCAUCCUUCCCGUAACCAUCGAACACCAACUGCAUCAGUACUACACUUUGGUCCGCAACGGCCAGGCGAUACACUGCCCGGAAAAAUGGUUUGCGCUUGUGAACCUCGUCUUCGCCAUAGGCGCCAAGUUUUCCCACCUCAUCCAGGCCGACUGGCGAGCUGACGAGCUGGACCACGUCAUCUACCUUUCGCGCGCGUUCCAAUUGCUUAGCAUGAAUGACACCAUUGUCGUCUUGUCAACCCCCGAUCUCCUUACCACGCAGGCAACGAUGCGAGCAGCCUUUUCGCUCGGACUGCACGUCCAACAACACGACGACCAGACCGUCUCGGCCGCCCGAAGGCAAAGUAUGAUAUGCACCUGGUGGAGUCUACAUUCCCUAGAGAGCCUGCUCAGUUCCAUCACGGGCCGACCGAGUAUCAUACCCAACGAAGACAUUACGACGCCUCUCCCCGGCGUCCUUGCUUCUUCUUCGGAUCAACACCAACAACAACAACCACAACAAACGCAACAACGCGCCGCGACCGGCACAAUUAAUCUCGAUUUCCUAGACGCCGAUACAAACUUGAAUCUGCUGACGCAGCAAAUCAUCUCCAACCUAUACACGCAGCGUAGAUCAGCGCCGUCCUGGGACUACCUACAGCAAGCGACCGUCUCGCUCGUCGGCGACCUCGACAAGUGGGCCGUCGACCACCUUCCCGAGCUGCGUAGUUCUCAGGAAUGGAAUAAUAAUAAUCCCGCUUCUUACAGGCAGCAACAGCAGCAGCAGCAGCAGCAGCAGCAGCGCGAAGGAUUCCUGCUCAAGCUUCAGUACUACCGAUUGAAGAUACUAUCUACGCGCCCCUCACUCCGUCGCGUCGAACGCUGUUUUGAAGCCGGGACUGACGAUUUCAAUUCGCUCGAUCAAUCCGUGGCGGAUACGUGUGUGCGAGCGGCACAGGACGUUGCCUCGCUACUAGUAUCGGAGCCGCACGUCAAGAGUCUGUAUGAGAAAGGGCCGUGGUGGACAAUCGUCCAUAACAUCAUGCAAGCACUCGCCGUCCUCAUGAUCGCCAUCUCAGUCCCCGACCACUUCCGCGACGCCCUCGCCCCUUCCAUCCAAGCCGUCCGCCAACUCGUCUCGUUACUCCGCGCCAUGUGCGACACCAACGCGCUCGCGGCGCGCGCCUACCAUUUCAUCUAUUCGAUCGUCAAGACGAGCGAGCCGUUGGUCUGGGCUGACAUCGCCGAUGCGUUUCCCGAUGAGGUCAUCAUGGUGCUAAGGCCGCCGCCCUAUGUCGCGGGUACGAAAGUCGAUCACAAGUAUUUGCCGUGGCCUGAUAAUGAUCAGCCGACUGAGAAGCUAUUUCUGUAUGAGUUGGAUGGGUGGGGGAAUUACCAUUUUCAUGCGUUGUGA